AUGACAGAACCUACUUCUCAAACGGUGUGUCCAAGUACUUCACUCAACUCUGCCAUCCAGUCUUUAUCUCCUAUGCCCUAUCAGAACAAUUUAAGGGAAGUGAAGCAAACAGAAGACAGCGAUCCCUUUCCUAUUCCAGGACUUGCAGCAGACUUUCUCCACAUGAGAGUGAAAGAAGGAAGCAAGAUCCGCAAUCUACUGCGGUUCGCAAUCGCUCGGAUGCAAGGAGAAGGGAAAGAAAUCCACGGGCAGCCGCAGAGGCAGGUGGUCUUCACAGGCUCGGACAGAGGUGUCACCAAGACCAUCACCUGUGUGGAGAUCCUCAAACGUAAAGUGGAAGGACUCCACCAGGUAUCCAAGCUCUACUACAAGACCAUGAAUGAGGUUUGGGAAGGAUCACUACACAGUGCACCAGGUAUAACCAUUCAGAGGACAGUACCUGCCAUCUGUAUUCUGCUCUCCAAAGACCCACUCAACCCUCAGGAGCCUGGAUAUCAGCCCCCCGAGUCAACCAGCACUCCCACAGAUAGCACAUGGAUAUGCAAAACCUCGCUCAGACCGCCUCAGUGCCCAACAUCAGCUAAGAGACACUGCCUGGAAAAGUAA